AAUUCAAUUUCAAUUUCUUUUCAUUUCAAUUACCGAAUUUUAUCAGAUCUGAUUUCAUUUGGAAUUCCAAUUAUCCAGUUCAGUCGCUUUCCACGUCAGUCACAUCCCCAAAAAAAACUUUUGAACUUCGAAUUUCAUUUCUGAUCCCAAAAAGGAAAAGAGAGGGGAAAACCAACAAGAAAACAAGAACCCCACUAUCCAAAUGUUUCGUUUCGAGCAGGAAAAGAUCCGAAAACGAUUUUGACUUGGAAAUUUUUUUUCUCCUGUUCCCCAAUUAAGUGCUUCCAAGCUUGGCGGCUGUUGCCAUGGCCGAUGCUCUCUCGGUGGUUCCGGCAGCCGUGCUCCGUAAUCUUUCUGACAAGCUCUACGAGAAGCGCAAAAAUGCUGCUAUUGAUAUUGAGGGGAUAGUGAAGCAGCUAGCUGCUGCUGGGGAACAUGAUAAAAUAACGGCUGUGAUCAAUUUGCUGACUACGGAAUAUACUUUUUCACCACAAGCCAAUCAACGGAAGGGAGGAUUGAUAGGAUUAGCUGCUGCAACUGUUGGGUUGACUUCUGAAGCAGCUCUGCAUCUUGAGCGAAUUGUCCAACCCGUGUUAAAUUCUUUCUCUGACCAAGAUAGCAGAGUUCGUUAUUAUGCUUGUGAAGCACUAUAUAACAUUGCCAAGGUUGUGAGAGGAGAUUUUAUUAUUUUCUUCAACCAGAUCUUUGAUGCUUUAUGCAAGCUUUCCGCUGACUCAGAUGCCAACGUACAAAGUGCUGCUCACCUCUUAGAUCGGCUUGUGAAGGAUAUUGUGACUGAAAGUGAUCAGUUCAGUAUUGAAGAAUUUAUACCACUAUUGAGGGAGCGCAUGGAUGUAUUGAAUCCAUAUGUCCGCCAGGUUUUGGUAGGAUGGAUUACUGUAUUGGACAGCGUCCCAGAUAUUGAUAUGCUGGGUUUUCUUCCUGAUUUUCUUGAUGGCUUGUUUAAUAUGUUGAGUGAUUCGAGUCAUGAAAUACGUCAACAAGCUGAUUCAGCUCUUUCAGAGUUUCUUCAAGAGAUUAAGAACUCCCCAUCUGUAGAUUAUGGUCGAAUGGCUGAAAUACUGGUACAGAGGGCAGGUUCUCCAGAUGAAUUUACUAGGCUAACAGCUAUCACAUGGAUAAAUGAGUUUGUCAAACUUGGUGGAGACCAGCUUGUUCCUUAUUAUGCUGACAUUCUUGGAGCCAUUUUGCCUUGUAUAUCGGAUAAAGAAGAGAAAAUUAGAGUUGUUGCUCGUGAAACAAAUGAAGAGCUACGUGCCAUGAAGGCUGAUCCAGCUGAAGCAUUUGAUGUAGGAGCAAUCCUCUCCAUUGCCAGGAGGCAAUUAUCUAGUGAAUGGGAGGCUACUCGAAUUGAAGCUUUGCACUGGAUAUCAACACUUUUAAAUGAACAUCGUACAGAGGUUUUGCAAUUUCUGAAUGACAUAUUUGACACCCUGCUCAAGGCACUUUCAGAUCCAUCUGAUGAGGUUGUUCUUCUAGUUCUUGAUGUUCAUGCAUGCAUUGCAAAAGAUCUUCAGCACUUUCGGCAGCUUGUUGUUUUCCUGGUGCACAAUUUCCGGGUAGACAAUUCUCUUUUGGAGAAGCGUGGUGCUUUGAUAAUCCGCCAGCUCUGUGUGCUUUUGAAUGCUGAGAGAGUCUACCGUGAACUUUCUACAAUACUAGAAGGGGAAUCAGAUUUGGAUUUUGCAUCAAUUAUGGUUCAGGCUUUGAAUUUGAUCUUACUUACAUCAUCGGAACUAUCCGAGAUUCGAGAUCUUUUGAAGCAAUCACUAGUAAAUCCUGCCGGGAAGGAUUUAUAUGUUUCUUUGUAUGCCUCGUGGUGCCAUUCUCCAAUGGCAAUUAUAAGUCUUUGCUUAUUAGCUCAGACUUACCGACAUGCUAGUGCUGUGAUUCAUUCUUUGGUGGAGGAGGAUAUUAAUGUCAAAUUCUUAGUGCAGCUGGAUAAAUUGAUUCGCUUGCUGGAAACUCCAAUCUUCGCAUAUCUUAGAUUGCAGCUUCUCGAACCUGGAAGAUAUAUAUGGUUGUUUAAAGCUUUGUAUGGUCUUCUGAUGUUGCUGCCUCAGCAAAGUGCUGCCUUUAAGAUAUUAAAAACUCGUUUAAAAGCUGUGCCAUCUUAUUCUUUCAAUGGCGAGCAAUUGAAGAAAACAUCCUCAGGUAAUCCGUAUCAAUUUCUUAAUCACAUGGCUGGUGGAUCUCAAAUCACUGAGGAUGAUGACAUAACUGUGGAUGGUGGGAACUCACGCACAGGAAUAAAUUUUGCUGCAAGGCUACAACAGUUUAAGCAAAUGCAGUACCAGCAUCGUGUGCAUUCGAAAACACUGGCCCAGUCACGCAAAAAUUCCACCUCUUGUGUUUUCUUAUGUCAAUUUGCAGGAGACACAGAGACAGGAAGAACCAAGGCACCUCAAUUGAGUGACAUUAAUAUUCCUCCUUCAAGGUCAUCCAAGAGAGGUCCAGGCUAGCUGGAAUGUAGCUUCUUGCUCAUAUUGAGUCUUAUUGUUUUGUAAAAUUGUAAAAUUGCUCAUAUUGAGCCUUAUUGUUUUGAACGGGAUCGGGUAUUGAUUUGUAAAAUUGUAAAUCAUAGUAACUACUUGUUAUAUUCUACUUACCAUAGAAGGUUGGGGAUGGUGAAAAAAUGGGUUUUGGAAUCAAGAUAAAGCUUUUGCUGGGCUAUUCUUUGGACCUUGUAAACGAGAUGCCCACGUGGUUCUGUUGUUUUUGUUGAAAACCAUUGUGGGCUUAAGGGGUUAUAAUAUGGAAUUAGCUACAUAGUGCACAAGUUUGGCGUACUGCAAGAGUGGUACGUGUCUUUGUAAUUUUCUUCAGGACAAUGA